GAGAGUUAACCUCAGUCGAAUCAGCAGUCCUCCACCAUGCCUGAAGGUAAGAAAGUGGAUUUGCACAAAUUUGAUGUGAAGAAGUUUCUUAUUGAUCUGCUCACUGGUGGUACGGCCGCAGCCAUUUCCAAGACAGCAGUCGCACCAAUCGAGAGAGUCAAAAUCCUUCUCCAGGUACAAGAUGCCCAGAAGACAAUCGCUGUUGAAAAGCGAUACAAGGGCAUUAUCGAUGUAUUGGUACGUGUGCCCAAGGAGCAAGGCUUAGUUGCCUUGUGGCGUGGUAACUUGGCAAAUGUGAUUCGAUACUUCCCAACACAAGCAUUGAAUUUCGCAUUUAAAGAUACCUUCAAGAAGAUGUUCAUGGAAGGGUUCGUUCAUAAAUACUCAUCACAUCUCAUGUUUUGUUGUUGUGACGGACAGUUUUGUGGUGCCGCUGGUGCAGCAUCAAUGUGCUUCGUUUAUCCGCUUGACUUCGCUCGAACACGUUUGGCCGCUGAUAUUGGCAAAGGUGCCAGUCGAGAAUUCAAGGGCCUUACCGAUUGUAUUGUUAAGGUGUUCAAAUCCGAUGGUCCUAUUGGUCUGUACAGAGGUUUCUUCGUAUCCGUUCAAGGUAUAAUCAUCUAUCGUGCCGCCUACUUCGGUAUGUUCGACACUGUUAAGAUUCUGGUUGCUGCUGACAAGAAGCUCAACUUCUUCUUCGCUUGGGCGAUCGCACAAGUUGUAACUGUCAGUUCGGGUAUUCUCUCCUACCCAUGGGACACCGUCAGAAGGCGUAUGAUGAUGCAGUCUGGACGCACAGACAUCCUCUACAAGAACGCAGGUGAUUGCGCCCUCAAGAUCAUCAAACAGGAAGGUAUGGGCGCACUGUUCAAAGGUGCCCUUUCGAACGUUUUCCGAGGUACUGGUGGCGCGUUGGUGUUGGCAAUCUACGAUGAGAUUCAGAAGUACCUCUAG